AACAUGCAUUUCAUUAAGGAGGCAUAAGUUGAGCCGGGACGGAAGCAAAGUGAUGGUAAUUUACCAUAAUUAAACGUAGCUACCGUGUUGUGUGUUGUUAUUAGCAGUUAAAUGCUACAAUUACACGGACAUUUAUUUAAAAUGGGAAAAUACCAGCAAGGCUCACUAAAACAUCUCAAACCGCUCAGUCCUUCCUGUUUGUCCGUUGCUCAGUUGUCUUCAAUCAGUGGCAGCCUCCACAUUCACUGUAGCCUUCAUUACGCGUCAGGAAUAAAACUGGAAUAAAAUGCAAUUUUAUAUUCAACCCUCUUCUUGUUUAGUUGGAGUUUCCUGAUCUUAACAAAUUGCUGAAUGUCUUAUAUCGCUGAUUCUAGGGCCAGUUUCGUCAGUUAUUUUGUAGUGGAAGUGGUUUGUCUUUGCUUACUUAAAUAAAAGAUAUAUCAAGCGAGUGAUCGGAAUGAGUGCAAAGCUCUAACUUUUCUGAGUGAUUAAACCCACAAAUGCGAAAUCGUAGCGCUGGAUGGAUCGACAUGAUUGUGAGCUUGAACGCUGGCGGUCACGUGGCGCAUCACUAGGUCACGUGAGUAGAGGAAGAUGCCUGCUGGGAUCAGCAUUUUUACCCUGUCCGCUCUGUGUUUAUUUUAUGUUUUAUUCAUUUUUUCCAGUGUACACGUCCAUUCCCAGCACAUCGAUUCGCAUGUACGAAUACAAGAGUUAUGUCACAUGUGCGGUGGAGCGGUGCAGACCGGCGGUGCUGUGUGGAAUCUCUGCCUCACAGCAGGCCGGAUAGAGGGCCGAUGCUGCUUUAGGAAUAACAGCAGUGAGGAGCACAACAUUUUUGGGUUGGAUCUAUCAAAUUGUUCUCUGAGACGUAUAGAAGACCUCCACGAAGCAUCUGCAGCAGUUAUAAUAGAUCUUUCCAGCAACCCUGUUUCCAAUCUGAGUGAUUUUAUAUUUCAAGGUUUUAAUCGUCUGACUCAUCUUAUAUUGCCCAUAAAGCUGGAGUGUCCAGGGGGCAACACCUCAUGGGACAGAGUGAUGAUUAAAAGGGACACCCGAAUCUGUGAAGGACAGAGGAAUGCCUGCAAUGAGACAGGGCAGAUGUCCUGGGAUUGCCCUGAGAACUCUUUCUGCAAGCCUUAUGGACCAGGAUUCUUUGAGUGCAGCUGCGCCCAUACCUUCCAUGGGUAUAAAUGUUUAAGAGAGGGCCAGUUUCCUAUGUUGAAAGUCAUGGCAAUACUGGGUGGGUCCACAGUUGUCCUUUCUGCAUUAUUAUGGGUCACCCAAAGAAGAAAAGCUAAAGGAAUCUGAAUUCUGGCUUCCUAACUGACAAAAAGUGGUAGACAACACUGAACAAAACACAAGUGAUUGUUUUAUGGCAAAAUGCAUUGAAUGCAAAGUUUACUAUUUUUAAGUUUUCUUCUCUUGCCUUGGCAAGGACGGUUAAUAUUUACAUAUUUUAUUUUUAUUUUGCACUGAGCAAAGAAUCGGACUGGGAAGCUCAAUGGUGCAUCUUUCAGAUGCUGUUGAAUGUCGCAGAAAAGUCUUUUAUCAGUGGCGUGCAGGUUAUAUGACUUUCCCCCGGCAUUGUGUUGAUGAACACACUGAGAAGCAGCUACUGUUUGGUUGUGCUUUUGUAUCGCGACAGAACAAAUCUGUAGAAUCAUUGUAGCACUGCAGUAUUGUCCAAGGGUUUUAAUACCAGACUGUACAGUUACUUUGUUUUUAUUUUGCACACAAUGGAAAAAUGAUACUUUUUUUAUUACAUUUGUUAUUUUUCAGGGUUUUUGUUUUGAUGACUAGUAGACAAUGCAUAUGUCUACAUUUAUAUGGUACUUGUUAUACAAAAACAUAUAUGUGAUAUGAGAACCUUUUCUGUUAUUGCCAAAUAUGUUUACAGUUCCCUGACAGUCACUGGAUGUCCAGUGUUUGAGUAUUAUCUUACAAUUUGCUUCAGACUAUUUGAGAAUUUUGCACAGACAGUAGUGGUAGACCAAGCAAGAAGAUAAAUGGUAAAUAAAGGGAAAUAAUGAAUGACAAAAAAACACAGCACUCUUAAUAGUGUAAAUAGUGAGUGUGGUAUUCAGCUGACAAAUAUCUGGCCUCAGCGGUUAUGGCUUUUCUCUGUAACACAACGCAAUGAACAUUAUAAAGAAGUAUAAAGGCUAAAACCUAUUGAAAAAUGUCUUGAAAUAAAUGUUAAGAAUUAUAUAACAAUGUUUUUCUUUCGGAUUUUCUUGUAACUGCUAUUGGAUCCCAUUCAUUGUAAAUAAAUUUUUAUUCGAGGUGUGAAAACAAA